UUUCGUCAAAGUGUAUAGAAAUAAUGUCUAAAUCAGAUAUCUAGAAAUCAGUACUCGAGACCAGAUCCCAUCCGUUUUCGACAUACAGAGUCUUCCAGAAUAUCUUUCCUUGCUCACUGCGGCAAUGGCUUUCACGCGUGCAGCGUCAAUUUCCCUUCUGCAGACAGGUCCUUUCAAACUGUCUGCCCGAGUUGUCACUCUUAGAACAGCAGCUGUUGUGUCUGUCUCUGUAUCAUCUCAACAGUGUCGUUACAAUGCGACUGUUCCUUUCCGCCUCCCAAACCCUCGCAAUGAACCCAACCCGCAAUACAGGCCAGGGUCUCCAGAAAGAGCAGCUGUUGAGAAAUCCUUGAAGCGCCUCAGGUCACAGCUCCCGUUACGCAGCUCCAUCAUGUACAAUAACACCACUCAGAAGAUUCAUGCCUCCGAGGCCCAGGUCAUGCCGUCUGAGCACGCCACCGUCUUCACACACUACCCCCUCAGCACCGAGCAUCAAGUCGCCGAGGCCAUUGAUGCAGCUCUCGCUGCUAAGCAGGCGUGGCAAGAUACCCCCUUUGUCGACCGUGCCGCCAUCUUCCUGCGCGCAGCAGAGCUCGUCACUGGCAAGUAUCGCCACGACAUAAUCGCUGCGACGAUGCUGGGACAGGGCAAAAACAUCUGGCAGGCGGAGAUCGACGCCGCCGCCGAGCUGGCUGAUUUCUUCCGGCUCAACACCAAUUAUGCCGCCGAGCUGCUGUCGAGGCAGCCCAGCAGGGGCGCGGACGGGGUGUGGUCGCGCAUGGAUUAUCGGCCCCUAGAGGGCUUCGUCUACGCCGUCUCGCCCUUCAACUUCACCGCGCUGGGCGGCAGCCUCAUCAGUGGCCCUGCCCUGAUGGGGAACGUGGUUCUAUGGAAGCCCUCUCAGUACAAUAUCUACCCCAGCACGAUGAUUUACAACAUCCUCAUCGAAGCCGGCCUCCCCCCCAACGUGGUUCAAUUCAUCCCCGGCGACGCCGUCAAAAUUACAGAGCAGGUGCUCCAGCAUCGUGACUUUGCAGGUCUGAACUUUAUCGGAUCAAGCGACGUUUUCAGAAGCAUCUAUGGCAAAGUAGGUCAGGGUAUCGCCGAGAAGCGCUACCGCGAGUUUCCUCGUGUUGUUGGUGAGACUAGUGGCAAGAAUUUCCAGCUUCUGCACCCAACAGCCGAUGUAUCCAGUGCAGUAAAUCACACGAUACGCGGUGCGUUCGAGUAUCAGGGACAAAAGUGCUCUGCAACCUCGCGUGUGUACAUUCCUGCGAGCUUGGAAAAAGAGUACAUCUCGAGCCUCCAGAGCAAAGUCAAACAGAUCACCAUGGGCAGUCCAGACAAGGAUCUCUCCGCUUUCAUGGGGCCUGUUAUUCACAAACAUUCCUUCGACAAGAUCAAGAACAUCAUUGACGCAUCGAACAAGGAUCCGUCCUUGAAGCUGAUCGCUGGUGGGACGUACGAUGGAUCAGUUGGGUACUAUGUCCAUCCCACCGUGUAUCAGGCUGAGUCGCCGGACCAUGAGCUGUUCAACCAAGAGAUCUUUGGACCCGUGUUGGCAGUCUACGUGUAUCCCGAUCACGAGUACUCCGCUGUGCUGAAGAAGGUCGAUCAAGCAGGUGGUGGCUUGGCAUUGACCGGUGCCGUCUUCGCCAACUCUCGCACAGCAAUUCGCGAAGCUGAAGAUGCUUUGCGGUAUUCGGCGGGCAAUUUCUACAUCAAUUGCAAGACAACCGCUGCUGUCAUCGGACAGCAGUCAUUUGGAGGUGCUCGGGGGAGCGGUACAAACGACAAAGCAGGGAGCUCGGAUGUUCUGAGGAGAUUCACGAGUCCAAGGUUGAUUAAGGAGGAGUUUUCCCCGGCAACUGGUUUCACGUAUCCGAGCAACAUGUAGAUGAAUGCGUUGAGGCUCAUAUGAUGGGUCAGCCAAGUAACACUCAAUUCUGUCAGAUGCGUUACUGCGGAAAGAAAUGUCCUUGACGAUGCCAUUGCUGUCAUAUUGUAUACCACUUUCCGAAUUUACACUGCAUCCUUUGAUGUACAAUGUCACCUACGUAAUAUCCAUGGGA